AUGCUCCCUUCUAUUGUGGAGGUACGCUUAUCUGAUUGUGGCAUCAACACCAUUCCGCUCUCUCUUCCACAUGUGAAUUUUACUUCACUUUCUGUUCUUGAUCUUUCUUGGAAUUCUAUUAAUUCAACGAUACCUGGUUGGUUGUUCAACAUAAGUAGCUUGGAGUACCUUGAUCUCAGCGGUAAUUUUAUUAAUUCGACGAUACCUGGUUGGUUGUUCAACAUAAGUAGCCUGGAGUACCUUGAUCUCAGUGAUAAUUUUAUUAAUUCAACGAUACCUGGUUGGUUGUUCAACAUAAGCAGCCUCGAGUACCUUGAUCUUAGGAAUAAUUUCUUUCGGGGCAUCAUUCCGCCUGCAAUUAAGAAUCUAGCUUCGCUGAAGGUCCUUGAUUUAUCCUAUAAUUUGUUUCUUAAAGGCAACAUUCCGGCUGUGCUUGAAGGUCUGUGUAAGCUGCAGUAUUUAGGAUUGUCAGGCAUUAAUAUCAGCAAAAAUUUAUAUGAAUUUGAUGAACUGUUUACUAGAUGCAUCAAAAAAAAUAGCUUAGAGACUCUGGAGCUGGCGGACACCCAGCUUGGCGGUUAUUUGCCGGACUGGUUGGGAGACUUCAAAAAGCUCAAAUAUCUCGAUUUGAGUGGCAACUCAAUUUCUGGUCCUAUUCCUGAAUCACUUGGAAGGUUGUCAGCACUUCAAAAAUUAUAUCUUUUCGACAAUAAGUUGAAUGGGACUUUCCCAAAAAGUCUUGGAAGACUUGUGGAGUUAGUUGAGUUAUACCUCGGAUGGAACCUUUUGGAGGGUGUCAUGUCUGAAGAGUAG